CGUUGGACGAAUUGGACGAUGCUCCAGGUGGAAGCAAAGAUGAAUUAACGGACAUUCUGAGUCCGCAUUUUACACUGGAAUCUAUGGUCAGAGACACUGGAUUGCCAAAUAUGGACAGCAAGGAUAUUGAGGAGAUAUUUAAAGGUGUUCUGACCGAUGAAUCUCAAGAGUCUCAGGAGUCAUCAGUAUUUUCUGUCCAAGCUCAGACUUCGCAUCCUUCGUCGUCUACCACGCCUUUAGUGUCACCUUCUCCACAUCCUGGUAUUCCAGCAGCAAUGCCUUUGGCGAGACCUCAAGUACCUGGUACUCUGCCUCCAGUAGGUCAAUCAAACUUAAAUUCUCCGAUGAGUUUUCCACCGCCUUCACCAUAUCAUUCUGAAUAUAGCAACAGUCCACAAUUUAGUCCAGCAUUUUCGGAACCGCCAAGUCCGUGGGUGAAUCCUGAAGAUGAGGGAAAUACUUCAGCAGGCAACGCUACCAGCUCGUACAACCAAAGAACCAACAUAAGAAUGGAGGCUGAUGAAACAUUGGGCACUGGUGCGACGAUGUCCUCAGUGCUUUAUGCCAAUAUCAACCAUCCUGAAUGGAAAACUGAAUAUCCAGCGUGGUCUGAUAGAUGCAAGCAAAUCCUGAAGAAGUGGCGAGCACUUCCACAAGAUAAGAAAGCCCCAUACUUGACUCAAGCCCGAGACAAUAGAGCUGCUAUUCGCAUGAAAAAGACACAACAGCCUUCCAAGGAGACACCACAACCAAGCACCACCAACACUACCACCAUCACCACCAAUAUAAUCACCACCAACACCACCACCAUCAAUAUGACCACCACCACAACUACUACCGCCAUGACCACCAUCAUCACCAAACCUAUCGUCAUGACGGCUCAGCAGCAGCAGCAGCAACAACAACAGCAGCAGCAGCAGCAGCAGCAGCAGCAGCAGCAGCAACAGCAACAACAGCAGCAGCAGCAGCCGCCGCAGCCACAGCAGCCGCAGCAGACGUUGGGCCUGAAGCCCAUGGAAAAGCAACCAGGAAUGUUGAUGAGCACGGGGAUGACAUCAACCGGCAAUAAUCAGCAUCAGGAGGAACAGGACAGACUGUCAAAUAGAGAUCGAUCUAGUAAAGAAGCUGAGCAGGAAAGAGUAUGGAAACAGCUACAAGCAAUGCGUCACCAACAGACGCAAUUGCAGCAGCAAGUUCUUCAUGAGCAACGCGUGAACGGUACACCUGUCACAUUAACGAUUGCCCGAGUGCACAGACAGAUCAGCGAGGAAAGUGCACCUCAACUGGGCGGUGAAACCACCCCCGGAUUGACGACGCAAUUGCAAGUUUCUACGGCGCAAGACACAAGUCAAUUGACUCCUCUGGCUUCUCCCUCGCCAGGCUCUCGCAGUACUUUUGCCACACCCCCGCUCAAAGCUCCACGCGGGCUUACACCUCAGUCUCCUCAUCAUCAAGCCAUGGUACGGCUGCCCGCGCAGGCUCCCUGUCGGGGGGUACGUCCAGGCUUUCCGCAGCCACCUUCCCCUUUCUCACCACAGGCGCCACAGUCGCCCCACGAUUUUCCACAGUCCCCUGCGUCCUCGCAGACUUCUCAGGAACCACAUUUCCAACGUUUCGAGGGCAACGUCUCAACUCCCGCAUCGCCCUACUCGUCACCUCAAACGCCAGGUACACCCCGCACUCCCGUGUUCAAUCCUCCGCGACCUCCCAUUUACGCACCUCCCCCUUCUCCUGCAACAUCGCGAACUCCCGAUCCUUACAGUCAGCCGCCCGCCACUCCCACGCCCGUCCCCGCUGUGGCCGGCUAUCCGUCGCCAAGGGGUACUGAGAGUACGCGGACAUCUCAGGAACAGGAGGUGACUUUUGGACAGCAGCCAGAGGUUAAUAGGCAACUAAGGGACUUAUUGCAAAGGCAACAGCAGUUUACCAAGAAGAUUGAAGGAGCUAAUUGGACUCAAGACGGACAGAAUAAUUCAGAGAGCAAUCAGACACAGUUUGAGGCUGGUCACGUGCAGCUUCCGCAACACUCUCAAGUACCAAGCAACACUGGCGAAGGCACCUUCAGACAUCCACUUCCGCCAGGCAUCGUCAGGCCACGGAUGCCCAUUCAACCAAAUGUCUUAAUCAGAAAUCCCAUUGGAAUAAACUCGCGACAUCCUGUAGCAGGGAAUAUUCAGGGCUCGAUUGACCAUCGCACGAGAAUGCUGCUGAAUAGGCCUCAAGUAGCCACCAAUAUAUCUCAACAGCAUUUCCAGGGAGCUCAGGGCUUGCAAACGCGAAUGCCAGCAGUGAGAAAUGCUAUUUCCGAGCCUUACGACAUUUUACAACAGCAACAAAGGUUUACAGAUGCGAAUCAAGCUCAGAGCGUGAAUCAGCGCAUACCAGCGCGUGCCGCGCAAGAGAAUCUGAACCAAGGUAUUCGUAUGAUGGGCACCGCCACUUCGGGCAUGGUCCGACCGCCUAUUAUUCCUACGACAAUGAGUGAAACCACAGGCGUGACUACCUCGGAAGCGUCCGAGAUUCCUGAUAACGUAACAGCUGAAUUAGAAAAGCUAGAGCAAGAGGGGGCUGGUCCAAUAGUCGAAGUCGAAGGGGUCAGUGCAAUAUUGGGAGAUUUGGCGGAUGAUGAUGACGAGCUGCUUGCCGAAAUGGGAGCGGACUUCAAUAUCUUGGAAUAUGCCGAUCCGGAACUGGAUACGAUCGCAGGCGGAGAGAAAACCAAUAUUCUCGAUCUGGAUCUGGAGCAAGUCGAAGUUGAUCCCAAGGACGAAAAGCAGAAAAAGGAAACCAAGGACGAGGAUCAGAAACCAGAAUUGACUGGCUCAUCUUCCGAAAUCGCUGAUUCUUGCUCGACGAGCACGAGUUUGACGACUCUGACAGAAAAUUCCAAUGUGCCGACAAUAACGCCAUCGCAGACAACAUCUCAGACGAUGCAAGCGCAAGUGGUGCAGCAGCAGAUGCAUCAACAUGUGCAGCAGGCAGCAGCGAUGGGUCGGCCGAUGCUGCCAGGAACGAGGUUGAUGUCGCAAGAUGGAGCGAUAGGAGUAGUAACUUCUACGAAUACAGUAACAGUGAGUUAUCCACCGACCUUUCCCGGACAUCCGCAGAGAAUCUCGCAAGCGCACUUACAAGUUUCGCAACAACAACGGCUAGGCAUGCGAGUAGCAGGAGUGCCGAAUGUAACGGGAAGGGUGGUUGCCGUAAAUCAUGUAAUCGGUCCUCGAAUGCCGCUUGCUCCACCUCCACCUCCACCGCCGCCACCGUAUCCAGGACCGCCUCCUCCAUAUCCCGGGCCGAUACAGAUGGGGCUCUGCCCAGGUGGUGGUGGGCGAGGUAUGACGCGGCCCCCGGUCCAUAUAACAGGGCACCAGGUGCCGGUGGCGGGCCCGCCGAUGGGUUCCGUGGUGUCGCACCCUCACCGAAGACCCUUGCUUCUGCAGUCAUGUUCGCAGGAGCAACCGCUGUUGCUGGAGGAUCUGCUGGAGCAGGAAAAACGGGAGCAAGAGAAGCAACAGCAGCAGCAACAGCAACAGCAGCAGCAGCAGCAAACUGAAAGCGCUACCAGUGGAAACCUUUUGAGCGAAAGCGAGUUCGAGAGAAUUAAAGCUGAUGUCCUGGGCACCACGUCGCCUCCUCAGAGUAUGGUGCCGGUGAUCAGGCCGUCCUGUGCGGCAAGACCACCUUCGACACCUGGCACCAACUGGCAGCAAAGUAACGUGGCUGCUGACGGGGCGGCAAAACUGGUAGCCGCACAAGUUGGAACGAGACAGCCGAUCGCCACACAAACUCCACCGGAAUCGAAAGUGCCUAUAUUCAGCCGCACUUUGAUACCAACUCCGCCAACUCCACCAGAGAAUAUAGUUAAUGAGCAGGAUCGACAACUGCAUGUGCAAUUCAAUCAGUGGCUCCAUAAUCAGAACGACAUAUUAUUGGCCCAAUUAUCUUAUUAUGAAAAGGAAGUUGGAAAACUUCGUAAAAUAAGAAAGUCUCUCAAUAGCAAGCAACGGCAACUUCGCAAAUCCGGCAAUGAACUGACGGAAAAUGAUGCUGCCGAGUUACAACGAGUGACCAGCGAGCAAUCCAUCAUUCAGAAACACCUAGACAGCUCCCGGAAGCAAUUACGUGCACAUACCACGACGAUACAAGAAUAUAACACCAACGCCAAGCAACGCCACAAGCAAGGUUCACAAAACGAGCCUUGUUCUCCACUUAUGUCACCUUCUCAACAUUCUCCGAUGCAUUCUCCAGCGGCCUUGAUUUCUCAAAGUCCUGGUCCCAGCAUGAUUCAACAUUCACCAGCUACUCCAUCAAUUAUUCAACACAGUCCCGGUACACCACUACUUCAGCAUAGUCCGGGCAAUCCUCAGUCAACCAAUUCAGGGACAAUGUCACCUCACAAUGUUCAGCAACAAUCGCCAAGAAUAGGCACUCCUCACUCCCAAGGUGAUGAAAGUCCCUUUAGUCCUGGACCAAUGCCCUCUCCAGGCUUAUGCAAUCCGAACACUACACGGAUGACAUCGCCACAACAUAGAACUAUUAUUAGUGGAAGAUUGACAACUUCUCCUGGGGCUUUUACGCCUGAAACACGAAAUCAGCCACAAAUGAUGACUGAUCAGGGUGUGAGAGUUCAUAAUUUAACACAAAGGUUUGUCAGGCCACCGGAAGGAGCGCAAAGAAGGGGAGGCAUUGUUUACAGCCCGCAACUUGGACAGCAGCAGUUGCUGACUCAACAACAGCAUCAACAGCUGUUGCAGCAGAGGCAGCAGAUUAUUCAACAACAUGAAAAUGUUGUUCAAGAUCAAGGACAAGGUGCUAUUGGCCGUGCAGCGACGCUGCAGCGACAGCAGAUUCUUCAACAGCAACAGCAUGAAGGCGUUGCACGACAACAAAUUCUUCAGCAACAGAAUGAUAUUUCACAGGAGAGUAAAAACGUUGCUCAACGAAAUUUGCAAAUGGCUCAACAAAGGCAAAUUCUUCAACAACAGCAACAACAAAGUGAUCUUAUUUCUCAGGAUGGACAAAAUGUUGUCACGCAAAGAAAUUUGCAAAUGGCUCAGCAACGUCAACAAAUUAUUCAACAACAGCAGCAACAGCAACAGCAACCUCAACAAGAAGGUAUUUCACAAGACGGUCAAAAUAUCGUUGCUCAAAGACCGCUGCAAAUUACUCAACAACGACAGCAAAUUCUCCAACAACAAAUUCUACAGCAGCAACAGCAGUCUGAAAAUAUUUCUCAAGAAGGACAAAAUUCUAUUAAUCAAAGAUUGCUGCAAAUGACUCAGCAACAACAGCGACCAAUUCUUCAACAGCAGCAGCAGAAUGAUAUUAUUUCUCAGGAAGGGCAAAAUGUUACUGCUCAAAGGAAUUUGCAGAUGGUACAGCAACGACAGCAGAUUCUUCAACAACAACAAAUUCUUCAGCAGCAGCACGAAGGUGUUUCUCAAGGUAUUUCUCAAGAAGGACAAAAUUCUAUUUGUCAAAGAACACUGCAAGUAGUUCAGCCGCGGCAACAGCAGCAGCAACAAGAUGGCAUUUCUCAGGAUGGGAAUGUCGCUGCUCAAAGGAAUUUGCAAAUGGCGCGCCAGCAAAUUCUCCAACAACAGCAGCAUGAGGGUGUUUCUCAGGUUAUUUCUCAAGAAGGACAGAAUAUUGUUGCACAAAGAACAUUACAAAUGGUUCAACAACGUCAACAAAUUUUGCAACAGCACCAACAACAGCAGCAGCAGCAGCAACAGCAGCAGCAACAGCAGCAGCAACCGCAGCCGCAGCAUGAAGGUAUUUCUCAAGAUGGCCAGAACGUUGUCGCCCAAAGAAAUUUACAAAUGGCUCAGCAACGACAAGCUCUUCAACAGCAACAACAAAUUCUUCAACAACAGCAAAUUCAGCAGCAGCACGAGGGUGUCUCUCCAGAUGGACAAAGCACUAUUACUCAAAGAUCGUUGCCAAUGGCGCAACGACAACAAAUUUUUCAACAACAUGAAAAUGUAUCUCAGAAUAUUUCUCAAGAAGGACAAAAUUCAAUUUCUCAGAGAUCAUUGCAAUUGACAACUCAGCAACGACAACAGAUCCUUCAUCAACAGCAGCAGCAGCAACAACAACAACAACAACAACAACAACAACAACAACAACAACAACAACAUGAAGCUAUUUCUCAAGAAGGGCAGACUUCUAAUGUUCAGAGAUCGCUUCAAAUGGUUCAACAACGUCAACAGAUUCACCAACAACAGCAGCACGAAGGCGUUUCUCAAGAAGGACCGAAUUCUAUCACUCAAAGAACAAUUCAAAUGGCUCAUCAACGGCAGCAUAUUCUGCAGCAGCAGCAGCAGCAACAAAUGCAACAACGUCAACAAUUCUUACAAAUGCAGCAGCAACAACAACAGCAACAAAAGCCGCCUAGCUCGCCAAUGGUAUCUCAGCCAGCGAGUUCUCCUAGUCCGCAGCUUCAUCAACAGCUUCAGCAAGGUUAUGGUCAACCUCCAAGCUCACCCAUGGUGCAGCAGGCAACGAUGGGAUCUCCGAUGCUUCAACAGCAGCUGAAUCCAACCUCUCAACCGCCUAGUCCGAUGAGUAGGAUUUCGCCGAUGCUCCACGGCGGCCAUCAUCAUUCUUCAACAACUAAUCAGCCGCCCAGCUCACCUAUGAUGCCUAGGAGUCCCAUGGUUGCCGGAUCUCCUAUGCAGAUGCAACGAAGACAGUCCACCGGAAAUAGUCCAGCCAUGCCAGACAGGCCUCAGAGUGUGGAAAAUCCCGGAACUCCACGAACACCGCACACACCUCAUAGUUUUGUUCAACAAAAUACUAAUUUAGCAACAAACGACCAACAACAAAUUUCGCAGCAAAUUUCUCAGCAAGUUUCUCAGGAGCAAUCUUUGUCAGAAAAUUCUGCCAGAGGCGGAGGAAAUCCGAAUAAUCCUAUAAAUCCAGUUCCUUUUUCUAAUUGUGGUAAACCGGAAUAUUUUAAAUUAGGAUUAAGAGGCGGCUCGCCCAAUAUUCAGCAAAUUUCUCACGAACAAGUUUCAACAGAAAAUUCUGCAAAAAGUGGAGAAGAUUCCAGUAAACCUAGAAGAUCGAGACUGCUUCCAAAUUUCGGGAGGUUUGGAUUCUUCAAAUUAGGUUUGAGAGGUGGUUCGCCGAUGUGGUCAAGUAAGGCGGAGAAUAGCAAGGGCGGCAAAGGCUCGGAAACAUCUCAAGCGAAGAGAGAUCAAUCUGUGGAAGAGAAGGCGAUGAUUUCAGCGAGUCGAAAGGCUGCAAGGAUUGGUUCAUUGGUCUGCGCCGAUUACAACGAUUUUGAUGACGAUUCACACACGCCGCCACAAGCCUCGCCGACGACUUUGGAAGGGAAAUCUAAUAAUCAAGGUACUUCUCUGACCUCUUCGGUUUUGGAUAAUGGACCACUAGCUCUGGAAAGUCCCGGGGAGAAACUGGAACAACUUCCAGACACGACGUAUUUCGACGACGAUAAAACUAUAGUUAACACUGAGGUGACCUUAAGCUCUGCAGCCCAACGAGAUAGCGAUGAUAUUACUGUAAUUGAACAAUUCGGCGACUCGGAGCUGGUUGAUGUUAUUUCAGGAAGUUUGGAAGGUGAUAUGCAAGAAGAGUAUGUUCUCUUUGAACCUGAAAUGGUGGUGAACAUCUCUGCCGACAGUAACGAUUUACUUUGCCAUGCUCUGGUGAAUGAUGGUGAUCAAAGUCACGAUCUAGUGCAAAUUCUGGAGAUCGAAAAUCCUGAAUCGCAAUCGGAGGAGCCUAUUUUGAGCGAUGAAGAUUUAGUACCGUCGCAUUCGAGGAAUAAAAAGAAUCUGAGACUCGAUAUCGUGAGGACUCUGCAACCCGGAAAGAAGCUAGUCGCAGUAACUGAUACUCCAGAAUCUCCCGAUCAAGAUGAACUCCGAGUGGAUCCAUCUCCAGGUUCUUACUUAGAUCAGUCUCCUGAUCAGGAUCUAAUGGUAUCUUUAGUAAGUGAAUCCGAGGUGGUUAUCAUUGAUCCGACGACGAAAUCUCCUGAAGACAACCUUUCUAAGGGUUCUUGCGACGAAGAGACUGAAAAAUCCGAUUCCAACGUACAAACUGACGUUUCCAAGGAAAAUACAAUUGGUGAAAGCUUGAUAGACGAUCAAACCAAGACUGCGAAGCGGAAGAGUCCUACAAACUUUAUUUUUUCGGACAAAACAUCUUACGGCAAAAUUGCGGCCUCAACUGUCCAUCAAGCAAAUAUUAGCGCAGCUACAAAAUCGACGAUUUCUUUGGCAAGUACUGUCGGUAGUGCAAUAAAAGUACAAGCAAUUUCGUCCUGUUCAACUCCGAUUCUAGCUUCUACCAGUUCCACCUCUCACCUGAAUAAAAUCUUAAUUCAGCCGAUCGCGACAGAGACAAAACCGGCAGGUCAAUUUGACUGUAAGGAAGGCUUCUUCGGCAGUCAGAAAGAUAUCACAUUGCCGUCAAUGAUGGCGAGUAUAGUGGCGGACGCAAAGAUCGCCGCGAAACUCAGUCAAACCGCUCUGGAGAGUAUUUCCAAUCCUCGACAAAAUAAAUCAGAUCUGAAGAUCAUCUCUGCCAGCGAAACGCCGAAAAUAUUAUCUUUAGGUAAGAUUUCGGCAACUUCUUCGGGUUUGCUAAAUACAACGGAGUCCAUGAAUAAUCCCACGAAGUUAAUACUAAGUGUAAAGCCAACUUCCGUGACAAUGUCGACGCCGAAGAUGUCGAUUCCGGAUUUGUCGAAGAAGGAGACUACUUUGAAGAGCAAAGAGAAACAAGUAGAAAGUCGAGACGACGAAAUAAAGAGAAAGGCAGAAGAAGAGGAAAUUCAAUACAAAAUUAAGAACGAGAGCGAUUCUUCGGGUGAUUUAUCAGUUACCGAGGAGAAAAAGAGCGAUCCGCUAAAUACAACAGACGAGUUAGAGAGCAUGUUAGAAGCUAUACAUAAUCCCGCAGAAAAUGCUGGACAUAAGAACGAUAACUCAACGACGACUCUGAAACGGAUGUCGCCCGUCACCGAUGAUCUAUCGCUCGUGAACAUUUUGGAGAACGACACCGAACCGGUCGAGAACGACAAAGAGCAAAUUUCUUCAGGUACUGACGCGCAAAAAGGGGCGAACAAAUCGAAAGAAAAAGACAUUGAAAAGGUUAGCAAUGACAGAAAUACAAUUUCAAAGGAGAAGCAUCAUCAGGACGAGCUGUGUGCUGAAGUGGAGAAUACUAAGCCUUUCCUGCAGCAUUGUUUGAGCGAAGAAAAGACUUUGAUGGAGGAAUCUUCCGAUGAUAUUUUAGAUCUUUUGCAGAACAUCAUCUCCCCGAAGCCAGAAAUGGCAAGCAGCGACGAAUUGAAAUCGAGCUUGAUUUAUCAGAUGCCAACUCCGCUGGAUACUUUGCCCUUGAAUAUUCUUCAAGACUCGUUGGAUUUAGAACAAGAUAAUCUUGAGAACGAUCAAACAAUUCCUACAACCGAAACUAAAAGUCAACCGAAAAGUCAAAAUCCUGAAGUGAAGAAAAGUCUUCCGGCGUCGACUCAAGCUUCUACUUUGGUGGCCAGUACUACUGUGGCGCAGCUGCAAAAGAGCACGACAACGGUUCCUCAUUUAUCGCCGCUCUCGAAGCCGACAGAAUUAACCUCCAACGUGGCCAACGUGUCCCAUCAACUGAGAACGUUGUUAUCGUCUCUGCAAAGCAAUCAGACGACGGUGAAUCCAACAGGAGUAGUCACCAUGGUUUCUUCGGUGAAACCUGGAAGUGUUUUGUCCACUUCCAGCGCUCUAUCGACCCUGAAUUCAUCCAACAAUACUCAAAGUGGACUUUUGACUUUGACGAGAUCGGAUCAAGGUCGUCCUCAACUCAAUUUGACCAGUAACAUUACUAAAGAUUCAGACUUAAUUAAAAAGGAGACAUUGAAGGAACCUAGUGCGGUUAUUACGACGAUUCCGAAGGUUAAUACUAACGAUCAAGUCUUUAGGGUGACUUCUUCGGCCACAGCUCUUCAAUCCACUUCAGUUUGUAAUCUUCCAAUCACUUCCUCAACAUUAAUAACUUCAAGAACCAUCACAACGUCCAUUUCUAUUGCUUCGAAUGUCAUGCUGAACGCCAUGUUAGCCGGAACUAGCACCUUGAAGCCUUCAAUUGCUGGUCACGGUCGAAGUAAUACCGUGCCAACUCAGUCAGCCACUCUUCUGAGUUCGGUCUUGCCGUCGACGUCAGUACAACGCUCACAAGGUCUUCAGGCAAUACUUCAGGUUAGCACAGGAUGUUCCACGCCUGCUCGUGCGCUGGUGAACACCAGUUCGGUUGUAACAAGCGCAAUGCAGUGCGUUAGAACUAUCGUGCCGCCGUUAGCGACUUCUAGUGGAGUUUCUGGCACACCUAGCAUUCUUCAGUCAACCUUAUCGCAAGCCUCAGGCCAUCUUUUGACUUCUAGUCAGGGUCAGUAUAAGUCCCCGGUUCUUCUACCCAUCGACAAUAAAAAUAACGAUCUUGAAAAUCAAUCUACCGCUUUGAAGAAAGAGCCUGAAGAGCCGAAAGUCCAAGAGAAGAAGGAAACUGAUUCUAAAAAUUCUUCUAGUUCUUUGAGAUUAGAAGAAUCGCAGAAUGUGUUGCUGAAACAACUGCUACAGAAUACAGCGUGUGCUACAACAGUGGGAUCGUUGCAAGGACCCACUUUGCCGUUAGUUCCUUCGCUGGAAGCUCAAUUGGACCGACCAGUACUGCCUACGCCACCGUCUCUGCUCCCGCAGUUACUAAACGAGACACCCAAACCAGCAAUAAAUAAACAAGUUCUUGCGAGGGAAACCUCCUUCUUAUCGCAUUCGGUGACACCCAUGAAGGUUCAGAGUUCACCGAUUAAGGAAGAAUCUUCUAAACCGCCUCCUUUAUUACCUACUUCAGUCGCUAUGACACAAAGAGGACAAAUCGAAAGCUUGAAGCAGCAAGCGACAAAGUCAGUUCCUAUUUCGUCGGCAAAUUCUACGGUAAGUUCUUCGGCAAGUCCGCAGCCCGUUUCUACGACAAUAACAACGGCGAAAGCUUCUCCGAUUGUUUCCACUCAGCAAGAGACUUCUGCAAGUCAAAGCAAGCCGGUGACUGUCAGCAGCGAGGGAUCUCAAAUUCAACAACGCGUCGCCGUUUCUAUUUCAAAAGUCAGUUUACAGAGUAAACCGUUGAUGACGUCCGGCUUAGCCGCGAAAAGCGUCCAACCGCCGACCAGUAUUUCUAGUAGCGUUCCUGGACCUCAGACUCCUCAGAUACAGCAAACUCAAAAUCAGGUUCAAGUCGCGCAAAAACCGAUAGUAACUCAGCAACAAGUUUCUUCUUCUUCUUCUUCUUCCUCUUCGAUUUCUUCUGUUCCACAACAAUCUGUUCAGCAACAAGUGCCUCAUAGUCAUGGGACCAUCGCGGGCCCACCACAGACCGUCACGGGGUCCGCCGCCCCGUCGGGUUCCAAUGCAGUGCCUUUGGUCGAAGUGAAGAAGGAAAUCCUUGAGGAAGUUAUGUCCGCUGCCGGUGCAACCACUCCAACCACUCAGAUGCAGACCGAUACCAAAGACUUUAUUACUGCCAAAGAAGAGCUCAUGGAUACUGCGAUAGACGAUAAAACCGAUCUCAAGAAAUUGAAGAGGAGACAGUACCAGCAAAAGCGAAAGCAGAGUCAAGGCAAAGAUGCUGUAGCUGCACCGCAGAAGAAACGUUCUCGCAAAGUUUCACGUCUCGACGAAGACUAUGACACGUUUGUGGAUAGUCUGAUGGCACAGCUACGGCAGAUUCAACCAAUGGCAGUUCUGGAGCCUCUUCUGAGUCGCAAUUUCGGAGUGUGUCCGAUUUUUGGCUGCGGGGAUCUCGUUAAGGUUGGAAGUCAGAAGGAUUAUAACGCGAGGACCGGCGAUUUGGUUGGAAAUUAUGGAUUGGCCAAUUUACCUGGGAUUUCUGAUCACUAUAAUACGCAACCUUUUGGAGAAUUAGAACCUCUGCCACCCCAGCAACCCUCGACCACGCAGAGAGGAUUCUAUGAUCAAGAGUUUCCGCCUCUGAAAUUGGACGAUUCUGAUGAGAAAAAAGAGCAUAUGGCAACAAGUCGUGAUGUGGACUCUCCUGACACCAUUGUGAGUUCGUCCUCACCUGAAUGUGUUAUACCAGAAUUUAUGCAUCGUUACCCCGGAUUGCGAUUGAUCGAGGAAGAAUCAGACGAAGAAUCAGACUGGCUGAAACGCGUGUCACCUGUUAUACCUUUGGUCUCGCCGAUUCCAAUCAGAUUGAAACCUGCUUAUGUAAAAGAUACAGCUAAGCAGGACAAGGAAAAUCUUGGAAUGCCCAAACUUGGCAAGUCUCCUCCGAUUCCUCUACGGGAAAGCGGAAACGUAACCGUGACCUUAACUCUGAACAGUCAGGCUGCCGAUGAUAUAAUGGGUGUACUUAAAGAUCUUGCAAACAUUCUGAAUAUAGCUCCACCAGCUGGCUACCAAAUAGUUGAACGCACCACUACUCCUCCCAGUCAAAAACUGGGAUUGUACAGGACUAAAGGAAAGGAUGGCAAAGAGGGUGCUCCAAUUGAUAUACAAAGUAUCCUGAAUGGUGCGGCAAAGUUCUGCCGUCAUUGCGACGUUGUGAUUCUUAAUAGCCUGAUUCGGAAGAAAGUGUCGGAUCUGUCGUUCUUGAGUAAGGAAGAAGCCGAAUCUGGCGACGAACUUUGCUUUUGUUCGGCUGCUUGUUAUAUGCAAUUCGCGCUUAUGCAUCGCACACCCUCUACGACUCAGGAUAAGGCUGCGACGAUAGUGGACCACUUAUGUCAUAAAGCAGACGCAAAAUUGCUAGAAGACGAUCUAAAGAGCCUGAAAAGGUUUCCUAUUAAGCAACCGCAGCAACAGGUGGAGAGAAUUGAGAGCCUGGAGCUUGAUAAUGAAUCAUCAUCAGAGAUUAAGGUGAAAAUUGAAAAGCUGGAGAACGCGGAGAGUGCAGAGAUCGAAAAUCUGCGGCCGAAGAAACACUCUAUUAUUGACGACAUUGGUGAAGUGACCGAGCCACAACCACCCGCAAAGAUCUGGAAAGGUUCGAGAUACAAAUUAUGGUCGAUGGGAACCAUACAUCCCACCACCAAGUUCAAAAAACCCAAUGAGAAAGAAAUUACCGAGAUGCUAUUUCGUAUGGGAGUUACCGUAGUGCCCGCAAAAGCCGAAGACAGUCGUCGUUGCAUGUUCUGUCAGAAUCAAGGCGACGGGACGGCCGAUGGACCGGCUCGAUUGCUCAAUUUUGACGUAGAUAAAUGGGUACACCUCAAUUGCGCGUUAUGGUCUGAAGAUGUAUAUGAGAUAAUGACCGGCGCACUAAUGAAUUUAGAUACCGCGCUGCAACACAGCCUCGUGCUAAAUUGCAUCGUUUGCGAGAAACCUGGUGCCACAGUCAAGUGCUUUAAGAUAAGAUGCACCAACGUUUAUCAUUUGGGCUGCGCUGUCAAAGAUGGAUGCGUCUUUUAUAAGAACAAGAGCACCUUUUGUUCUCAGCACAUUCAAAAGAACGAGAAAGACAACGAGCUGACCACGCUCUCUGUCUAUCGUCGUGUCUACGUUAAUCGCGAUGAAAAUCGUCAAGUUGCCGCAGUGAUGCACCAUUCCGAACACAAUCAUCUACUUCGCGUGGGUUCUCUUAUCUUCCUUAGCGUCGGACAAUUGCUUCCCCAUCAAUUGCAAAACUUUCACACGGCCCACUACAUCUAUCCGGUGGGCUACAAGAUAGUGCGCUUCUAUUGGAGUAUGCGCAGACCGAACAAACGCUGCCGCUAUGUCUGCUCGAUUCACGAUGUAUCCGGUCGUCCAGAAUUUCGCGUAUUAGUCCAGGAACCUAAUCAAGAGGAUGUUGAGUUGAGAGAUGCCAGUCCGCGAGCUGUUUGGAGUAGAAUUUUAGAACCGCUUGCAGAAUUGAGAAAAAGUACGAACUCUGUUCAAUUAUUUCCAAGAUAUGUUUUGGGCGAAGAUCUAUUCGGAUUGACAGAGCCGGCAGUGGUACGAGUUCUCGAAAGUUUGCCUGGAAUUGAGACUCUGACUGACUACAGGUUUAAAUUUGGUCGCAAUCCAUUGCUGGAAUUACCCUUGGCUAUCAAUCCGACUGGAAGCGCACGGACAGAGGCUCGCUUGCGUAACCAAUUGCCGUGGAAGCGACCACACACACAGCGCACAGGAGGUUGGGCAUCGCGUGGUGGAACGGCUGUGCCAUUUGCCCUAUCGACAUGCGGGUCAUCGGUUACGAUGGGCGCUGGCGUUUCAUCGACAUUAGCGGCUGCUGCUGCUGCCGCUGGCGAGGCAGCCUCCUGUCCGUAUUCUAAACAAUUUGUUCACUCCAAGAGCUCGCAGUAUAAAAAGAUGAAACAGGAGUGGCGUAACAAUGUUUAUCUGGCAAGAUCGAAGAUUCAGGGUUUGGGACUCUACGCGGCGAGAGAUCUUGAGAAGCAUACAAUGGUGAUCGAAUAUAUCGGCGAAAUUAUUAGGACUGAACUCGCGGAAACAAGAGAGAAACAGUAUGAAGCUAGAAAUCGCGGUAUAUAUAUGUUCCGAUUGGACGAAGAACGAGUGGUGGAUGCAACACUGUGCGGUGGUCUCGCUCGUUAUAUCAACCACUCCUGUAAUCCCAAUUGCGUCGCCGAGAUCGUCGAGGUUGAACGUGAUCUCAGAAUUAUCAUUUUUGCCAAACGUAGAAUCCAACGUGGCGAAGAGUUGGCAUACGAUUAUAAAUUCGACAUCGAAGAUGAUCAGCACAAAAUUGCAUGCGCCUGUGGCGCGCCUAAUUGCCGCAAAUGGAUGAACUGAAGAAAUCAGGACAAGAAUAAAAAGAGACAAACAAAUGAGAAAGAAGACUCGGGUCUCUUCACGCUGCCCGUUGUUAUUAUUGUUGCUCCGUUGUAUAGGGUAAGAAAUUAUAUAGCAGUAGUUUUCCACGUCGCGCGAAAACGAAGAAAAGAUACCGAAACAAAUGCUAUAUAUGAAUAUAUUAACACGAGACACAAAAUUUAUAUUAUAUAUAAAUAUAUAUAUAU